AUGGCUGCGAAACCGAGACAGAAGCAGAGACACUCGGUCCCGGUCCUCGUGGUUUUAUCGAUUUUCGGCGUCGCCGUUCUGUUUUUCAAGUUUUCUGUGAGUAUGAGAAAAUUGAGACUGGAUAAGAAACUGGGAAUCGGAUUUAUUUUUAUAGGAACUCUUGGUAAAUGCACGAACUUUCCGGCAACGAACAUUCUUGAAAACGAUCAAUAAUCUUUCAGAUCAGGUCAGUUUUAUUUAUUUUUUCGGGCGAAAGUUAAAGUAUUUCAGCUUACAUUUGAAGAAAUCCACAAUAACUAUGAUUUUGUGCAAUUUUCGGACAUUCUCAAGUCGUUGGGCAAGCCACCGUAUCUGAUUUUUGUAAGUUUUUGCUAGAACACUUGUAAUUUUAUGACUUUCAGUACGAUUCCUCAAAUGUCGACGUGGUACUCAACCACAUUUGCAAUCUGAAGUUCAUUCCGAACGCCCUCUCUCGGCUCGUCGCGAUUUCGUUCGAUCAGAAGGCGCAGGAGGUUCUGAAGUUGAAUUACCCUUCCGUGCCGAGUGUGCUCAUCGAUUUGCAACCGAUUAUUGUAAGUAUCAUAUGUUAGUUGUUGGUCAAGUUAACAAAAAAUUGUCAACUGACAAAAUACUCAUCGAAACAGUGUGCACAUUUUAUCAGUUGACCACUUUUUGAUAUCUCUCUUGGCAACAGAGAUAUAUUGUCUUGAAUGAAUAGUAUAGAGUUUAGCAAGUGCCUAUUGCUCAUUGCUAUGAAAAUUGUAGAAAUUUCCAGAAAACCCUGGACACGUCGAUGGAAAACCGACGAUACGUGAUUUACACACUUGCGUUGGUGACGCACGCGAAAGUUUGCGCCUCUCUCGCACUACGUGGCAUCGAUUUCUGGUCUAUGCAUCAGGUGAAAUGACUUUCUGGAAGUUUAAGCAUGAAAGUUGUCUGAAAACGUAGAACUUUGAGAGAACAGAACUCGGAACUCGAAACUUUCAGGACACCUUGUGGAUCGAUAACUUUGAGUCUAUGGAAAUUGAGGACCGAUAUCCGGACGCGUUUCUUCUCUUCGACACUGUUGGCAAUGAGGUAGGCCGGAGUCUUUCCUCAAAAGGUAUGAGAACAUGUUAAUAACAUUUGAAGCUGCCCCACUACACCCGAAUGCAAGACUGGAUAUGCGGCGCCACGUUUUUCGUGCGAGCCAAUCCGAUCACUCAUCAGUUUUUUCAACAAGUACGCCCUUUUCAUGCGUGUUUUCAAUAGACACUUGAAGUGUUCAGGUGACCUCGUUCAUGCUGUCCUACCAAAGUCCGGACUCGUCGAUCAUGACGUACUUGUGCGGCCACCACCAGUACCGUUGCGAGUUCCUGCCGCGUUGGAUCGUUUCCUCGUUCGACUACUUCGAAGGUCCCCGUCAGUUCGCGCCGGUCCUCCUUCAAAUGGACGCUCCGAAGAGCAAUGAGACCAAGAUGGAGCUGUUCGAACGGGCCCGAUUCGUUUUCCGGAAAACCGACGGCACUUGCAAUGAGAUGGCGUUCCGCAAAUUGAGGUUAGACAUGAGAUGUGUAUUGUCACGCCGAUCAAAAGUUGAGAAAAGGACAACGAGCGAACGAGAUUGUUUUCUCCUUCAACUGUCGUUUUUCAUCGGUGUUUGAUACAAAAAUAGCGAAAAAAACACAUAAGCCACGCCCCCUUUUUAACUUUUGGUCGCCGUGCUGACUACCGUGAUUACUUUGAACAAUUUCAGAAAUUCGGUGAGGAACGGUCUUCUGGAGCGACUUCGAAAGGACGGAAAAGUGAAAGAGAGCAUGAUGAAGAGAAUGAUGUACGCGCUCAAAAAUAUCUCGAAUAUCGAUCCGUAUAACAGAAAAGAUUUUCUGAAAAUUCAUCAUUCUUUGAUAUGA